AUGAAAACUUUUCUGUGGGGAGUCGACGAGGAUCUCUGGACGGUGGUGCGUGAUGGUCCAGUCGCCAUGGUGGACGAAGAACAAAGCACUUGGUCAGCCGCCCAAAAGAAGAGUGUUCAACUCAAUCAGCGGGCUAUGCACAUCCUUCAAUCAGCCAUGGCACCUGACGAAGCUGACAAAGUGGAACAUUGCGAAUCCGCUCGGGAAAUCUGGAAAUCGCUCGAAAGCACGUACGAAGGAACCUCAAAUAUCAAGGAAACCAGGAUUGAUCUUCUGGUCCACGAGUAUGAAUGCUUCGAAAUGGCUCCAGGUGAGGGAAUUCAUGAAAUGUACUCUCAAUUUAUUGUUCUUAUAAAUAAACUGAAAGGACUAGGGAAAGCUUAUAUCCUUAAGGAUCUGAAUAGAAAAAGCUUGAGGUCUCUUCCUAAGCAAUGGUUACCAAAAAGAACAGCAACAGAAGAAGCUAGAAACUUGAAUACCUUGCCCAUAGAUGAAUUAAUCGGGUCACUUCUGAGUCAUGAGCUUGUCCAUAAGCAAGUUAAUAAGGAUGAGGAGAAACACAAGAAAAGUUUAGCAUUUAAAUCUCAGGUGGUUGAAUAUGAUUCAGAUGCUGAUCUAGGUGGUGAAUUCAAUAGAGAAUUUGCUUUAAUAAGCAAAAAAUUUCACAGAAUGCUUAAGUAUAAGCAAGAACAGGAGCAAAAGUUAUAUGAUCGUAAUGCUUCUUAUCGUGCUAACCCUUUUGACAAAGCCAAAAACUCUUUUCAAGAUAGGCUGCGUACUCCGCAGACCAAGCGUAUUGAAAUAGGGAUACUUGAAGCACAGGACUUCUACAAAUGUGGAAAGCCAGGCCACAUUCAUGCAAAUUGCCCUAUGACAUUAAAAGCAAAAGAAAGAGCCAUGAAGGCCACUUGGAGUAAUUAUGAGUCUGACGAAGAAGAGGAAUAA